UAUACAUAUCACUCUCAAUGGGCAUGCAAUGCUUAAUAUAUCUUUACAUAACUUGUAAAGCAAAUCUGUGUUGUAUCAGAAUUUAGUGGACAUUGUGAUGAAUUUACUUUACAUUUUUUGCUUUCUUAUCCUCUUGUUUACUGGUCAUUCAUUAUCAUACCCUCUGUGCACCAACUCAAGGAUACCAAUCAAGCAGAAAAAUGUUUUGAAGUUUUGCCCUUACCAUGGAACUGGCUGCUGUGAUUCUGACAACGACGAGCAACUAGAAAACCAGUUUCGACAAAUGAACAUCUCUAGUCCUAGAUGUGCUUCCCUCAUAAGAUCAAUCUUGUGUGCAAGAUGCAAUCAGUUUUCUGCUCAGCUGUUACGAAUUGACUACGAAGAAAGAAACAUUCCGGUCUUGUGUGACACUGAGAAUGGAGCUUUGAAUGACUUCUGCACUGAUAUAUGGAAUACUUGUGGAGAUAUCCCCAUUCCAAAUUCCCUGUUUGUUAGGCCUGUACAAAGGAAAGAUCACUUCUCAUUCGAUACUUCCCCUACAAAGCUGACUAAUCAGUGGAAGUCAAGGGGGAACUUUUGUGAAGUAUUUGGUAGCUCUUCAGUUGAUGAAUCUAUGUGCUUUGACGGAAAAAAUGCUAUAUUUGGGACUGCAAUAGCUCCUCAGCCUAUUAAGGGUCUAUGCCUUGAGAAAGUUGGCCAUGGUUCUUAUAUCAAUAUGAUUCCUGACCCCAAUGUAUCAAAUCGUGUUUUUGUAUCAAAUCAAGAAGGCAAGAUAUGGUUGGUCACGAUGCCUGAAGCUGAAUCAACCGAAAUUCUGAAGAUGGAUGAAUCAAAACCCUUUUUGGAUCUAACAAACCAAGUGCUUCUUGACCCUGAGUCUGGUCUGAUGGGGAUCGCUUGUCAUCCAAAUUUUGGACGAAAUGGCAGAUUUUUUGUCUCUUUUGUUUGUGAUAAGCUUCGACAUGAAGGAUGUCAAGGCAGAUGUUCAUGCAAUACGGAUGUGAAUUGUAAUCCAUCUAAAAUUCUCCCUGAAAAUGGAAUUGAACCUUGUCGAUAUCAUUAUGUUGUUGCAGAGUAUACUGCAAAUGGUACUGCCUCAGAGCGUUACUUGGAAAAAAGUGCUAAUGCAGUAGAAGUGAGAAGAAUAUUUACAAUGGGGCUCCAAUAUACUGGGGCUCACGCAGGUCAGAUUUUAUUUGGUCCUGCAGAUGGCCAUUUAUAUCUUAUAACAGGAGAUGGUUCACAAGGACUUCAUUCUGCAAAUCUUGCACAAAACAAGAGGUCAUUGCUUGGAAAAAUAUUGAGAAUUGACAUUGAUAACAUGCCAAGUGAGAAAGAAGUUGAAAGGCUAGGUUUAUAUGGAAACUAUUCUAUACCAAAUGACAAUCCAUACACAAGUGACAAUGAAUUGGCGCCUGAGGUCUGGGCCUUGGGAUUCAAAAAUCCUUGGCGUUGCAGUUUUGACUCAAAACGACCUUCAUAUUUUAUGUGUGGAGACGCUGGACAGGAUGGAUAUGAAGAGGUUGAUAUAGUCACAAAGGGAGGAAACUACGGAUGGCCUAUCUAUGAGGGACCCUAUGUUCUCCAUCCACCAAAUACCUCCUCCUCUAGUGCCACCAGCACCUUCAUUUUCCCAGUGUCUGGAUACAAUCACUCGGCAGUAGAUAACAAUAGUGGAUCUGCAUCAAUAAUAGGUGGUUACUUCUACCGCUCCAUGACUGACCCGUGUUUGUAUGGAAGGUACUUAUUCUCUGACGUCUAUCAAAUCGCUAUUUGGGCUGCAACUGAAGUUCCUACAAACAGUGGCAACUUCACAGCAGAAAGUAUUCCUUUCAGCUGUGCUAGUGACUCUCCCAUUAAGUGUAGUCCAAAAGCCGGAAGUGAUCUCCCAGACCUGGGCUACAUAUAUUCACUCGCAGAAGAUAACCUUAAGGACGUUUAUAUAUUGACUAGCACGGGUGUCUAUAGAGUCACAAAUCCAAGUCGCUGCAGUUACCAACGUGGAGCUAUUUUUUCCUCUGCUCCUGCUUCCAUUAAGGCUGCGCCAAUAUUAAGUUUCCUUUCAUUUUCCUUCUUCUUCCUGACAUUAAUAUGUGCUGUAAAAUCUUAACAUUAUGUGAUAUUUGAAAUUUUCUUUCUUCACAA